AUUUCAAUGUAUUUUUUUUUUUAGUAGUCUCUCAAACUCUCAAUGUCACGGAUGUCAGAAACGCAUCUUUGUCGCAAUAAAUUUACAGCUUGACGAGCUUUAAUUUGCCGGUGAUCACGUUGACUUUGAUUCGUAUAUCCUCAAAGCUUUAUGGCAGAUCCAAAAUUUGAAGAGCUUCUUGGAGAAUUUAUUCACCUGUGGGAGAGCCAGUUGGAAAUCAACUGGGAUGUCAAAAAUGAAUUUGUAUCAAUGUCUGAUGAAGGACCACAUCUGUCUUUGCUACCUGAUGAAUUCCUUCCUUCCUUGGACCGAUAACUCUUUCAAUUAAAGGCACAGAUUGAAAAUGAUGUGAGUGGGAAAGAUAUAGAAACAUUCAUUAGAGUUGUGAAAGCUCUUGUGAUUGUCAGCAGAAAUCUGGACAACAUUCCAUUUAUUGCGUCAUGCCAAUUGAUUCCAUCAUGCAUUUCAAUUUCAUCCAAUAUUUUGACCUGCAUGGAAAAUGGCAGGGAAUUAGGAAAGGAUGAAGUGACCUCGGUCGUGUUAGUGUGCCUUUUUCUAGAAGCUCUUUAUGAUCCAUACUUUAGCUACAGAAAGUCUAUAGUCAAUCAAACAGUUGAUAUAUCUAAAAUCAAGUAUCAACCUGCACUACUUCAAGCUGAAGUCAUCCCUUUUAUCUAUGAUUGUUUUCAGCAUUUGAAUGCCACCUCUAUUCCAGUAAUUGCCUACAGUUUAUUGCAUCUUUUUGGAGGCAUCAUCAAAGGAGCCCAGCAUAAUGCAGCCAAGGCCAUAGCUCCGGCGACAGUGCAGCUUCUGCAAAAAGCUUUUCUUAAUUCAAAUGACAAUCUUCAAUUAGCCAGUGCGGUUUUACACUGUGAAACUACUGUAGUGCAUACAUUGAUGAACAUGCGACCUGAUCAGUGUCAAAUUGAGGUGGGCGAAGUGAUGGAAAUAUACCAAAACACUGUAGCAUUGCUAGCCAGUCAAGAACCUGAGUUACUAAUUCAAAUAUCAACGAACCGGACGCCAAUCCUUUGUCUCGCCGUGAAGUCAAUAGCUCAAUUUUUGCGACAUCGGCGUCGAGAAUCACUCCAAGUUUUAUUAGUGCGAACAGGAGUAGUCGACUUUUUAAUAAUGCUCCUUUUUGAUGCCAAAUUAUGUCCGGAAGACAAACGAGUGUUGGUCGUUUCAAUUGUCAAGGCUUUAACCGCUGUUUUACAAGAUAACAAGCAAGCCCAGGAAAUGCUACUGAGUAGCGGAGGUUAUCAAAAACUGUUUGAAGCGAUUAAAUCGCUUGGACAACCUACGCGCCUGAUGAUGGAUAGCUUAAUUGCCAUGGCGAUUGGGCGCGACGAUGAAAAUGGUGAGGAGCAUGAAUCGAUGGUUCGCAACGUGGAGCCUAUUGCGUAUUUAGUUGAUUGGCUUCCGGAAAUCACUGAUCAUGAACUUCAGUUCGAAACAGCUUCGGCCAUCAAUAAACUCUGCUCUUCAUCACUUCAGAGCAAAGCUAUUUGUUGUCAACGUGGACUACUUCGUCAUGUGAUCUCAGUUCUGGAAUUUCAUUCGAAACUUAACAUUCGCAGCGUCAAACAAAUGUUGCGAUUAAUCCAAAGCCUAGGUUCCCAUUCAAUCACCGCAUCCGAAUUGAAAUUGAUUUUGCGGCUUAUGAGAGAUACGAACGGUGAAGAGUUUCCAUAUUCUUCGUACAUACUUCAUUGCUUAUCAUCUAUGGCAAAGAAAGAUGCUGCUUGUCAAGAAUGCCAUUAUUACUUUGAUAUUCAGUACGAAACAGAGGGCAUUAUGGUUACUGAUAUCGCGCAAUGGCAAAAUUCUGGUUACGCACUUUCCAUAUGCACGUGGCUACGUUUGGAUGCACUGGAAAAUCCGUCUUCCAUAGCCAGCAAUUAUAGACGGCAGCUCUUUAACUUGUCGUCGAAUAAAGGACACGGUUUCGAAGCUUUUUUCCUUUCGGAUGGCACUUUGGUAGUAGGUGUCACAUGGAAAAAGGAAUAUACAACAGCCAUGGUUCACAGCGUAAUUUUAAAUGAUCAUCAGUGGCAUAGCGUUUGUAUUUCAUUUAUUCCAUCCAGACGGAUUUUUGGUCAAAGUCACCUUUCGGUUUUUGUGGACGGCACAUUGCGGUUGACGGUGAAUGUCCGAAUCCCUCCAGUUAGCGAGACUUUUUCCUCUUUCACCAUUGGUGCCCCUGUCAUUUUAGAUCAAGACAGUUCGAAUAAGCAAGAAAGCAAUAGCGUUCACAGUCUUCCAAGGAAAAAGAGUGACGUCCGCUCGCCGGGAUUGUCGUCUCACAUUCCCAAUUAUUUUUCCCUACCCAUAGCGCUUUCCUCGCUUAAGUCGUCUGCCAACGAACAACAAACCGAUCCUGAAGUCCGCGUGAUUCCCCAGGGCAGUCAAGAUUCCAUCUGGGGCAAGUCUACGUGUUUGCAUGGCCAGAUUGGACUCUUUGCCGUACUACAGGAUUCCUUGAACCCGCAAAAUGUUCGAACUUUCCACGAAGCUGGAGCCAACAAUAUGUCAACAUGGAGUUCCGAAGACCCAAAUCUCGACGUCGCUGAAUUCUAUUCAAAGGUGGCGAUAUGCCUUUCAGCCAGAGCUUACCACAACUCGUUUUGCAUGGAUCUUUCGUCUACCCACCAAUUUAGUGGUAUCACUAAAGCUCCAGUCUGUUCUGCGUGGGAUGUUAAGGAGGUCUUGAGUUGCAUUGGGGGUGUUCAAGCUCUUUUCCCAAUUCUUGAUACUGUCGUACGAAACGAAUAUGCCAACACGCUUCUAACUGGCCCACUGUUGAGUCCCGAUUCCGAAAAACCUGAAGUGGAUGGAUGGGAAGUUCUUCCUUCUUCAUCUUAUGCAGAUUGGAAGCUUGAGCAAAAUCCAGUUUCUGGGUUUCUGUCGUUACUACGGAAUGUCCUGCAUCAUCAUUCAACAAACACGGACCAGCUCGUGAGAGGAGCUAACAUAGCAAUAAUUGGAAGCCUGAUGCAAAAGGUUCAACCGUCUUUAAUUGACGUCCAAGUCCUUAUGGCUGUCCAGCUACUAGUCGAGUUCGCUAGAGAUGCGCAAGACCCUUCAUUCCUUCAAAGUCUUUACCAGCAUAUUCUCUUCGAUAUGAGAAUUUGGGGAAGAUCCCAAUUCCACGUCCGGAUCGGGCACGUCCAAUAUUUAUCGAAUCUAAUACAUGAAGAUCGGCUCUCGUUUCGAAAAAAAUACGGCCCCCAAUACCUGAUUGAUGUAAUCAAACAACAUUAUCAAAACGGAGAUCAGUUAGAUUUGAGCAUCGAUGACAGGAAGACAAUGCGCCAAGCAUUGUUGGGCAUCUUGAAGAUGUACAUUAACAAGGAGAUCACCGCCAAUGAUAUUUCGGCCAUAACCGGUUUUUUGUGGUCCGUCCGUGACAACGAAAUGAUCACUGAGAUGUUAGAUGUCCUCUUAACUUACGUUGAAAACAAGAACACGAAGGAUCAAUUUUACUUGCUUCUCCUGGAACCCCGUUGUGCCGAAAUACUUUACGCUCUAUUGCUGGAGAAGAUUUUUUCUGUUGAACUUCGGGAGAAAGUACUGAAGUUGUUGAUCAAUAUUCUUAAGACCGAUCGAGCUUAUGAGAAGAGUAAGCUACGUCUUCACCUACACGAUGUAGGAUUCCAAGGACUACUUAUGCUUAUGCAAGGACAACCAUCGAGUUUGGAAAUGACGCAUUUAUUGACUGACAUUAUUCUAUCAAGAGAUCAUCCGAAUAGCUACACUGGAACUAUGGCACUAGCCUUUUCACUUGCUGAAGAAAACCUGGAAAUCAAAUUGGAGUUUAGUAAAAGGCUUUUGGGCUUUAUGCUUUCACGACCCAAUGCUCCAUCCACGUUCGUCAAACAAACAAGUUGGCAAGAGUGUAUUGCUCGGUUGUUAAUUCGGAAACCGAUCGCAGCCGCUACUAACACAGGAAUAAAACCCAUGGUACCAGAUUUGAUUGACCUGGAUGAGGAAGCGGCCACGUACCGCUCAAUAUCGACUCCAGUUACAGCAACCACACCAUUAUCGCCGUCUAAAGCAUGGCCAACCACGCCAUCCAUGCGAGACUCUAGUGGACUGAACCUUGGUUUAAGUGCAACAUUGGAACAAGAUAUCAAAGAUGUCGCAGAAAGCGUUAGCAAUCUAGUAGCUGGUGCAGUAACUGGUAAUCUCAAUAACAUCGCCAUCGCAACUGGAAACUUACAAAAUGCUGCUGAAGUACUUACGGACAAUCUGCAUAAUGUAGCGGGUAAUUUACAUACCAACAUUCAUAGUGCGGUAAACAGCGCGGUCAGUAGCGCAUACAGCCUGUUUCGUCAGAAAACUCUUCAAGUUCAGGGAAGUUUGGAAGAAUUGGGGGAAAAUACCAUACAGCGAUUGAAACGACGGAGUCAAUCGGCUCAGGGAUCAAUCGAAACAACGGAUGUAGCCGAUGCAGGAGCUUCAACAAAUUCUUCUCCACGACUCAAACAUCCCUAUCGAUUUUUAGUAGCCCCACUUGAAGUGGCUGUUGAUGCACUAAAUAUCGACCAGAGUGAUGAUGAAGUUUAUAGAAGUAAACAUAGAGAGUCUUCCCUGAGCAUUUCGUCGAGAACCUCGGGCCAGCCAAUGUCAAAGAAUUUGAGUGAGUUUGGUCCUCAUGAAAGUUUGGACGUUGAAACAUAUAGUCUUAUUUCAGAAGUUUCUGGACAAUGGUCUGGUUUGGUCCUAGAUCCUACGUUAGAUCCGGAAGAGGACUUGUGCUCGACGGUGCUCAGCAUUUAUCUCGUGCUACUUUGGCGUGGCAUUCCGGGCUGCUCGAAAGAUGAUUGGCGUGAAAGAAGCCAGAUUCUGAGUUGCAUCAAUCUUCUCGGUCUCAACAACGAGCUAUAUCGUUCCCAUUUGGAGAUUAAACGUCGAUUAAUCGAAAUAAUUCUGCAAGUUGCCUCCAACGAAUUGAAACAGCUGCCAGCCAAUGCCGCUUCUAGAAGCAAUGUCUUGGUUAAUUGUCAGUACGCAAUACGCUGGGUGUACGAUUUAGUCGUACUAGAUCCCCACGAGGACGAAGCUAAAAAGAUGUCAUUGAAACUGCUGGAAUUAACUUUAGCUAUAUUCGACAUCAUGGAUGUUUUUAGAGAAGAAGAUUUUGCAGCCAAAAAAUCAACAGAGAUGUAUCACAUCGCUCUUGGGCUACUCCUUCGGUUUGCGUCCAGUUCGAGUUCCGAAUUGUGUGCCAUCGCCUCUGCCCGGCUUCAUGCUCUCAUUCAAUUCAGAGGUCAUCCUGAAGCCAUCGAAGUUGCGUACCUCAUCUUUAAUAUCAAUUCAAGUCUUUUGGCCGUUCAAGGAAGUGAAGAUGAUGCUGACCGUUACUCCUGCUUAAUACCAAUCAUGAAAGCCGCCCUGGAAAAAGGCGGAUCAGAAUUGGAAUUUGAGUCGCCAUGUUUAACGCUUACUGCAAACCUAUUCGAUGAAUUUCGAAAAGUCAGCCAAGGAGAUGCCUGGAAAUCUUGGAUCGACGAUAAGAUCCGUCCGAAAAGCGACCUGUUUCGCACCCUUCACCUUCAAGCCUUGCCUGAAAUCAUGAACCGAAGUUGGGCCGAGAGCGACGAGUCGGCUAUGUUAGCUGUACAUCGUCGAUAUCGAGAAGUCAACGAAUCGAAAAUCAAAUUUCAGAUGCAAAUUUUGGACGCAUUCCGGAGCAAACAGUCGGAAGAACACGUGCGAUUCAAUGCUCUCUUGAGUCAUCAACGCGGUCACGCUUUAGUUAUUCGAAAGAAAUGGCGACAAUUGAAGCAAUUCCUUAUCGGUCCGCGUGGCUCCUGGGCUCAACGAGUCGAUUCAGAGAAAAGAUGGAAGUUGUCGCUGUGUGAAAAUCGUUCGCGAAUGCGCCUCAAACUUAUACCCAACCAACAUUUUGAUCCUCAUAUCCAAGCGAGCCGUUUAAGGGACAACGCAGCUUUCAAAAAAGGCCGUCAGAACCCAGGAAUCCAGGUGGAUGUCCACAGUCCAGAUUCGCUCAAUUGCUUGUUGCCUAGCAAGGUGGCCAAUCAAGCACUGAAGCGAGCAUUCAACGCUCAAGAGCCGGAGGACAGUCUAACUGAAGAAGAUUUGGCUUUAGCUGCUUCCUUAGAGAAAGAAGAAUUGAACGAAGGAAAGGAGAAAGUGACAACUAGUGAAGAUUGCGAACUAGUGACACUUAUGUCCGUUAUCAAAGGCCGUUUAGAGAUAUCACGUGGUUGGAUUUGCUUCUGGGAUGCUGGCCUCGGCUGCGAAUCAGCGGAUAGAGAACGAGUUGAUUUCAAAUUCGCUCUUAGUCAAUUGCAAGAAGUCCAUUUGCGACGGUACAAUCUACGUCGCAGCGCCCUUGAAUUUUUCCUUAUAGACCACACGACUUACUUUGUCAAUUUCAACACUAAGACACGUAACAGAAUUUACAGCAGGAUUCUGAGUUUGCGUCCGCCUAAUUUGCUCUACUACAGUAGUCGUUCUCCAGCUGAUGUCCUUCGGUCGUCGGGACUCACUCAGAGAUGGGUCCAACGUGAAAUAUCUAACUUCGACUAUCUGAUGCAGUUAAACACCAUCGCUGGUCGGACCUACAAUGAUCUGUCGCAAUAUCCCGUUUUCCCGUGGAUCUUGGCCGAUUAUCAAUCUGAAACUCUUGAUUUAACGAAACCAACUACUUUUCGGGACCUUUCACGGCCCAUUGGUGUCGUGAAUCCGAAAAAUGCCAAAGAAGUUCGUGCCAAAUACGAUCAGUUUGAAGAUCCAUCAGGUAUAAUUGCCAAAUUUCAUUACGGCACACAUUACUCUAACGCGGCUGGUGUACUGCAUUACUUAGUUCGAAUGGAACCUUUUACUUCGCUGCACAUUGAAUUGCAGAGUGGCAGGUUUGAUGUAGCUGAUAGACAGUUCCAUUCUCUCAACUCGACGUGGCGGUUGCUCAUGGAUAACCCAAACGACGUGAAGGAACUGAUUCCCGAAUUCUUUUGCCAACCUGAAUUCUUGAUUAACAUGAACCGGUUAGACCUUGGAAUAUUGCAAGCAACUAAGCAACCAGUUGAUCACGUGGAGCUUCCACCUUGGGCCAAAUCUCCACACGAUUUUAUCGAUCACCACCGAAAAGCACUGGAAUCAGAUUAUAUUUCUGCGCACUUGCACGAGUGGAUUGAUCUCAUAUUCGGUUACAAACAAAGAGGCCCCGCUGCUGUAGAAGCUCUCAAUGUCUUUUAUUAUUGCAGCUAUGAAGGUGCAGUGGAUCUGGAUGCCAUCUCAGAUCCAGUUGAACGCCAAGCAGUUGAGGGCAUGAUAAAUCACUUUGGCCAAACGCCGUGUCAGCUGUUUAAAGAGCCUCAUCCGAUUCGGCUCAGUCAAUCUGAAGCAUUAGCCAAAUCGAAGUACCCUCCUUCGAUGGAACUUUUCUUUGACGGAUUGUCGUGCGUUCACAUUGCCGAUUUGACUGUUGAACCACGAGAUUCUAUCGUUUAUCUGAGCAUACCCAAUUCCGAUAUCGAUUCGACUCGCAGUCGCGGUUACGGCUCUCAAACGGCUACCAUUCCGGACGUGUUGGUCAGCGUCAGUCGAUCCGGUUGCAUUGGUCUUCAUGCCUGGGCUUCUCAUGACAAGAUGCUGCCCUACGGCUUUUCUCUGGAACGCGAUCCAACACUGAGCAACCCCAGAAAUCGAAGGAGAAUCAGUGAAUCAUUUCAUCCAAGCGUGAAGCUGAACAGUCGUUUAAUUAGCGUUUCGUCCGAUUGCAAAGUGUAUGUCGGUGGUCAAUUGGACAACAGCAUCAAAGUUUACGCCCUUCCACGACUGAGGCUGCUCAAUUCAGUCACUCAACACAUCGACAUUGUUACGUGUUUGGCCCUGGACGAGAGUGGAUCGCAAUUGAUCACAGGUUCACGUGAUACCACUUGCAUUGUUUGGGAUCUAUCGUCCUCUGUGCUCAAAUCCGUCCAGGUCCUUUAUGGACAUGACAAGACUGUCACCUGUGUUGGUUUGUCCACAUCCUUGGACAUGGCUGUUAGUGGAUCACUAGAUGGAACGGUCAACGUGCACACAAUUAAAGAGGGUCAAUACAUCCGCACGCUUCACGCUUCCGGCCGGACAGAUAUUGAACGGAUCAUCAUUACUCAGCUGUGGCUAUCAGACCGAGGUGAUGUAGUCUUUUCUGCCGAAGAGAAAGACAAUUUUUCAAUCCAAUCGUAUUCGAUCAAUGGCGAAAGAUGUGGCCUAUCGUACAGCCCUUUCGCAUUUACUGCCCUCUCUUCGGCCAGCGAUGGCUACCUCGCUUGUGGCGAUUCUAAUGGUAAUGUGACUAUAAGACGAAUUAUAAGCUUGGUUCCCGUGUUUGACAUUCCAAUGCAAAGCCCGAUUGAAGAUCUAGUGAUGGCUCCUCGCAAUACGCAACUUUUAGUAGCUCUACGAGAUGGCAAAGUAGUUAUUGUUGCGCCCAACAUUCCGCAAUAGACCACGGAUAGUUUAGAUCCACUGGGUUUGAGUCAAUUGAAAGUCAAGAGUUCGCCUAGUGAUAAAAAACUUAGUGUUUUUCGCGUUACCAAUAUGUUGUGGAAAACUUCCAUCUUGAGGAAUGAAUUCUUAACGAAGUAAUAAGUAUAGACGAAGUCUUCUCUUGCGAUUGUAUAAUUUUCAAUGUUUUACGUCGACUUAUCUGUCUUUUUUUUUGUCAUUGAUGCAGUGAUUGUUGUGAUGCUAUAAGGUCUACACAACAAUCGUAAUGAAUUUUUAUUUGGGUAUCGUUUAUCCGUUUGAAUUCGCGAAUGAUUGUAAGCGAAUACAAUAUAUUUUAUAAUUCA